CUGGAGCGCGUUAACGGCGUGGCGCGCUGCCCCUACGACCCGCGGCACAACUCCACGGCGGUUCUGACGGAGAAUGGCGAGCUGUACGCCGCAACCGUCAUCGACUUCUCCGGCCGGGACCCCGUCAUCUACCGCAGCAUGGGGGGGCUGCCCCCCCUCCGCACCGCGCAGUACAACUCCAAGUGGCUCAACGGUAAGAGCACGGUCAGACCCCACUUCAUCUCGGCCUACGACGUGGGCCUCUUCACCCUCUUCUUCCUGCGGGAGAACGCGGUGGAGCACGACUGCGGGAAGACGGUCUACUCCCGCGUGGCCCGCGUCUGCAAGAACGACAUCGGGGGCCGCUUCCUGCUGGAGGACACCUGGACCACCUUCAUGAAGGCGCGGCUCAACUGCUCGCGCUCGGGAGAGAUCCCCUUCCACUACAACGAGCUGCAGAGCACCUUCUACCUGUCCGAGCAGGAUAUCAUCUACGGCAUCUUCACCACCAACGUCCCCCGCUCGGGGCCGGAUGAUGAAGCAGCUCCAGUCUGCAGACUCCGACGCCUCGGGCCUCUGGGCCACAGCCUCUGA